AGCAGCUUGUGAUAAACCGUGUGUGGGAAAACAUGAAGAAGGAGUGAAGGACUGGUCCCCCAGAAGCUGCAGACCGAGGUCCACUUUGUGUGGGGAAACAUGAUGAAGGAGUGAAGGACUGGUCCCCCAGAAGCUGCAGACCGAGGUCCACUUUGUGUGGGGAAACAUGAUGAAGGAGUGAAGGACUGGUCCCCCAGAAGCUGCAGACCGAGGUCCACUUUGUGUGGGGAAAUAUGAUGAAGGAGUGAAGGACUGGUCCCCCAGAAGCUGCAGACCGAGGUCCACUUUGUGUGGGGAAACAUGAUGAAGGAGUGAAGGACUGGUCCCCCAGAAGCUGCAGACCGAGGUCCACUUUGUGUGGGGAAAUAUGAUGAAGGAGUGAAGGACUGGUCCCCCAGAAGCUGCAGACCGAGGUCCACUUUGUGUGGGGAAACAUGAUGAAGGAGUGAAGGACUGGUCCCCCAGAAGCUGCAGACCGAGGUCCACUUUGUGCGGGGAAACAUGAUGAAGGAGUGAAGGACUGGUCCCCCAGAAGCUGCAGACCGAGGUCCACUUUGUGCGGGGAAACAUGAUGAAGGAGUGAAGGACUGGUCCCCCAGAAGCUGCAGACCGAGGUCCACUUUGUGUGGGGAAACAUGAUGAAGGAGUGAAGGACUGGUCCCCCAGAAGCUGCAGACCGAGGUCUAGCAUGGCCCAGCCUCUGCUCAAGAGGACCUUGUCUCGACUGCGAGGCAAGAACAAGUCCCGCAGGAAGACUGAGCGCCAAGUCCACGAUGUUCCGCUGCAGUCAGAUGGCAUCCAGAAGCCUGGUACUUGUGGGCCAGCAAUGACCGGGGCAGACUGCGACCUUCCGGUGCUCCACCGCGUCACGUCUGAGAAGCCGCUGUGGGUGUGGCCAGUAUCAGAAGCUCCGCCCACGUCUCUCCUCUCCAAUGAUGGGGAAAGAAGAUCCUUUUGCACGCUGGGCCAGAACGCGGCUCAGAGACAAACCCAAGACAAGGAGUUCUUCCAGGCAGCAGCAAGUUCCGUUGAUCCAAACAUGGCAGUCAGAACCAAGCUGUCCGGCCAGCGAGCCUAUUUGCAGAGCUUGGAUCGCAGCAGUCGAGACUGGGUGUUGUCGUCAGGAAAGUCUGAGGCUUCCGACAAGGCCUGCAGGCGGAAUCAGGAAAGCGGUAGAAACAUUUGGUACAACCCAAUCCCGGAGGAGGAGGACAUUGCUGGACUGCCAAGAAAUGAGGAUGUGUGGACCAAGAUGGACGGUAAACCAGCAGAACCAGAGAGACUGGGUCCAGUUGCUACUACAAUAGACCGUGGACUUAUGUGGACUGGCUCAGCACAGGCUUGUAGAGAUCUUCCUUCAUUGGACGCCACCAACCCUCAUGUGGAGGACAGCUCAGAAGAAGGUGCAGACUCCAAGUAUGUCUUCCAAAAAAAAGCGGGUGUGGUUGACAGAUUGGGGUCUUCUGGCACAGUGAGGAAACUCUCUUUCAAAAUGAAGAAGCUUCCUGAGCUGAGACGCAGAAUCAGCCUUCGCUCUUCUCGUGUGCGACAAGAUGGAGACAAAGUCACCAUGAAGAAGUUGGCAGACCAGAACGUCAUCAGUCGUUAUCACCUGGAUAGCUCCACCCCUCCUGCUUUGCCACAGCGGCGGUUAUCGAGAGGACGCUCCGCCAGUAAAGGAGGGUAUCUCAGUGACGGAGACUCACCAGAGCUGCUGCCUCGCCAGCCUGGCGACAAGACUUCAUUCCAGCUGUACACAGACAGCGAGCCUUCAUCAGGCUGUCAGCGCCUGACUGGUUUGCUGACUGUUCACCUUCUUGGUCUGGAACACAUCAAAUCAAAGAGGUGCCGUGAGAGCAAAGAAAUGUUUCUUGCCAUCCAGAUUGACGGAAUCACUCUGGCGAGAACCGCCCCCUUAACCCUGCAAGGCCACGCCCUCUCCUUAAACCACACCUUCCACCUGGAGCUGGAGGGAGCGUGGCAACUCCGAGUGGUGGUGCUCACGUCUGCGGCCAGCACGCCCCCGGGGUUGAACCAGACCAGGACCAGAAUCUGCUGUCUGGGGACGGUUGCUCUUCUUCCCCUCUUUAAAGCAGGAAGUGGAAGUCAGCAGCUGUGUGUCAACUUGGAACCUCAGGGACGUCUCUACAUCAAACUCUCUCUGCAGGAACCAUGGGACGUGCAGUUGGACAGGACCUCAACAGCGCCCUCUAAAGUGUUUGGGGUGGAACUGCGGCAUCUGGUGGAGGAAGAAGGUUCUGCCUCUGCAGUUCCUUUGAUCAUCCUGAAGACCGUGGCCGAGAUUGAACGCAGAGGACUGAAGGUCGUGGGUCUGUACAGACUUUGUGGUUCUGCUGCGGGGAAAAAGGAGCUGAGGGAUUGGUUUGAGAGGAACGCUUCAGCCGUCUGUCUCGGUGAGGAUCUCUAUCCUGACGUCAAUGUUCUCACAGGCGUCCUGAAAGACUACCUGCGGGAGCUGCCAUCCCCGCUCAUCACCUCCACUUUGUAUGAGGUGGUCAAGGAAGCCAUGACCCUACGACCCCCACCCACCAGCCCCGACCUCCAGCUAGCCCACAACACGGUCGCACUUCUGUCCUGCCUGCCCGCCCCGGAGAGGGCCACUUUGUCUCACCUGCUGGACCACCUCAGCCUCGUGGCCAACUUUAGCGCGUCCAACAGGAUGACGGCCCAAAACCUGGCUGUCUGCUUCGGACCCGUGCUGCUGAAGCAGGAGGCCUGGAAGGGAGGGAUGAAGUGUCAAGGACAGGACUUGGUGGACUUCAAACUCCACAUUGAGGCCUUGCACUACCUGCUGCAGCUGUGGCCAGUGCCAGCCAAGCAAGUCCCGGCAGACAACAGCCAAGACCUUCCUCCUCCCGCCGUCCUGCAUCCUGGUCCCGAGGACGUGGUGGUGUCACGCCGGGGCCCGCGCCUGGACAGUCCACCGCCAAUCAACCGCUACGCCGGCGACUGGAGCGUCUGCGGGCAAGACGGCGUGUCAGCACAGGACGCUGAUUACGAUGAGGUGGCAGGAAGUGAAAGUGAUGAAGGUGGUGAACGCCAGGAGGAGCGAGUAGAGGAACACGCCGCUUGGUUUCCAACGGGAAGCGGAGCUCUCUUUGAGGAGGACGUCUUGGAUUUUGAUGCUCCGUUUAGCUGCCGACUCAGCCUGAAGGACUUUGACAGUCUUAUUCACGACCUGGACCGAGAGCUCGCCAAGCAGAUCCACAUCUGCCUGUGAGGGGGAGGAACUGCAAGCAAGGUUGUCCCUCAUACACAAUCCCAAUCAACACACCUUUUUCUUCUCUAUGCAUUCUAACUUGUAAAUAAACGCUAGCAAGAGUCAGCUAACAAUGGAGGCAAUGACAUUUGAUCUAUUCCUGCCAUAAGGAACUCUAAAAACUUUCAAAAACUUCCAUCAAGAUGUUAUAUACACACUGUAAGUAUAUAUGUAAUAACAUUCAUAACAUGUAAUAUGGUAACAUUCAUAAUAACAUGUUAUACAUGAUGUAAGUAUUUAUGUCAUGUAGUAACAUUCAUAACAUGUAAUAUAUACAUGUGAUUAUAUAUGUAAUAACAUUCAUAACAUGUAAUAUGGUAACAUUCAUAAUAACAUGUAAUAUAUACAUGAUGUAAGUAUAUAUGUAGUAUCUAGUAACAUUCAUAAUAACAUGUAAUAUAUACAUGAUGUAAGUAUAUAUGUAGUAUCUAGUAACAUUCAUAAUAACAUGUAAUAUAUACAUGAUGUAAGUAUAUAUGUCAUGUAGUAACAUUCAUAAUAACAUGUAAUAUAUACAUGAUGUAAGUACAUAUGUCAUGUAGAAACAUUCAUAACAUGUAAUGUUUACAUAUUUUGAUCAUUUUAAGCACACGAUGGCGUCGUAUUCAUUUUCGACAAAAUCACAACGUACAUAUACAAAGUACCAAUAUGAUAAAGCAAUCACUUACUGUACCAUGUCUGCUCUCACUGGGAUAAAGACUGAUGGCAUGUUUAGAACUUCCCCUUUACAUCAACCUCACAUAAGGUUAAAAAACAGCAUAUUUCCCUGUCUUUCUGGCCAUCUCCGGGUGUAAAUUGUGGGUUUAUGUCCACAAGCUUCUGCUAUCCAGGUAAGAGAGAUGUUUUAUCAAGUAAAAGUAACUUUCACCAACUCAGAGGCCAUGCAGCAGCUGAGUAUGUCAAUAUAGCAGCAUAAGCUAGUGGGCGAGCUAUGAUCACGGCGCUGCUAAAAGCACUCAACAAUAAGGCUACAACUUGUUAAUAUUCAGGUCAGGACAUGUCAAUGGAAGAUUGUUGGCACUUGUUGGAGAGUUUUGUGGCUGCAAUAUUGUUAGCCACCCCAUUCUGGAUGUACUUUACCACUUUGAAUGCAUAACAAAAGAAAACAUGUGUUCUGGUCUUACGUAAGGAUAGAAAACAUUAAAAAGUACAAUUCUCCUUUAAUGAUGUUUAUGUGCAAAUGAUUUCAAAUGUUGACUUUUUGCACUGCUUAAGCCAUACUUUCACUUUGACGUGAAGAAAAGUGACAACAGUUGAAAGGCUAAAAGAUGAUGUUUUCCAUAUAAUGCAGAGUGUCGUCUUCUUUCACGGUACCAAGUUUGUGACUGACGCUCCAAACUGUCUUGUUACGUUUUGCACAACUUCAUGCACUUGUUUUGGAACCCCAGGAUGCUUCAAAAUAAAAGACUGAAAGAGAGUCAAAUGAAGUAUCAA